AUGGAGAAGCUUUUUCGAGAUACCUUUGUGGAGGAGAGAGACAGAGUGUGCCUCGCCACACACUUCUUGGACGGCGAGGCCUGCCGUUGGUGGUUGGAUAUUCUGGACAACCCCAACACAGACUUGGCAGCGAUCUCUUCGGCGAGGUUCAAGGAGCUGCUUCUGGCGCACUACUUUUCUACCAACGCCAAAAGGAAGAUAGAGCAGAACUUGUGCAGUUUACGCCAGGGGGAUCGGCACGUCCAUGAGCCAGAUCCCGCUCAGUUCCCUCGGCUAUCAUGGGGAAAGCUGCUCGCCGGCUACACGCACCUGAGGCUGCGUGGUGCCACGAACUCCUCUCCCGAGGCAGCAAUAUCUGGUGAUGUCCAGAGACGGCGCCUGGAGGAUGGCGCGCCUCCGGGCGUGGCGCAAUCAUCUGGACAUCUGUCGGUGCGGUGCGAGGUGUGA